GAGCGGGAGCCCCGCCGGGCUGGGGGGGUGGUUGCCUGCUGGGAGGCAGCGGGAGCGGCUUCGGAGCGCUCUGUGGGCCGGGCAGUCGGGCCAGGUUGUCCGAAGAGGUACCCACAGGACAGGCUGAAGCUGGGGUGCCCCAGGGUGAGGUCGAAUCUGGGGAGCAGGGGAGGGCGGGAUUGCCCGCUAGCCUGGCUGAACUGCAGGGAUCACCUGCUUAUUUUGUCUGUAGAGGCUGAAAUAAGGGGGGGCCCUGAUGUUGAGGAAGGAAAAUUAUGGCUGUUCUUCAGCUUGGUGGUGUGGCCGGAGGGUGAGGAGGCUGCAGCCACAGCCACCCAAAGGGAUGAAGACAGCUCUGGGAGCACAGCAGAGGCUUUGUCUCAGACCUAACACAGCAGCCUGGGAGAGCACAUGGAGGAGUUGAAAUCACCUGCUUCCAGCUUCUAACCGGCAACCUCCAUCCCUCGGUGUCUAACAGAAACACAGUGGCUCUUUCCAACAGGGUAUCAGCAGCUGCCUCCUCUGGCAUCACGAGAUGCAAGAUAAGGGCUGGCGGGUUUUUUUUUCUCCUGUAAUCGAUGCUUUAUCUUGAAAUGUUUGGAAAUACCUCACAAGGAAGUUUCUCGUUGUAGAGCAGCACCACGGGGUGCAAACAGCACCAGGGAGGGAGGCGGGGGCUCUGCAGCACGCGUGGGAGGUGAUGCAAAACAAGCAGCAGCACCGUGAAGCAAUUUCCCGUCAGCGGAUCCGGUCCACGCCACCCGUGUCUGAACCAAGUGUCAUGCUCUUGUCAUGUUUGUUGGGGUGAAACGAGGGGGAUUUGGCAUCCUUGGUCAGCCCUGAGCGGGGAGGUGACACUCUGCUCUUGUCCCUCAGACGUUGGCAGGGUGAUGCUGGCUUGAUCCAGAGCCAUGUCCAGGUACCUGAAGCACUUCACCGUGGUGGGUGACGACCCUGUGCAGUGGAGCAACAACUAUCAGAAAUGGGAAGAGGAGGAGGAUGCUGGGGAGAAUGGAGAGAAGCAGCCAGAUUCAGAGAUCAAGCUGGAGCCCACCAGGAGCCGUGUCUCCUUCCAGGACAUGAUGAAAAAGCUCUUCAGCUCCCACAGGUUUCAGAUCCUGAUUGUCUGCUUGGUCAUCCUGGAUGCCUUGUUGGUCCUUGGGGAAUUGCUUAUGGACUUGAAAAUCAUCCUCCCAGACAAAUAUAAUAUAACCCCAAAGGUUUUCCACUACCUCUCCCUUUCCAUUUUAACCAUCUUCCUGGUUGAGGUGGGGUUUAAAAUCUUCGUCUACCGCUGGGAGUUCUUCCACCACAAGUUUGAAGUGCUGGAUGGGAUCGUUGUCAUCGUGUCCUUCAUCCUUGAUAUCAUCCUUAUCUUCCGAGAGCACGAGUUUGAAGCUAUUGGGCUCCUGAUCCUGCUGCGGCUGUGGCGGGUGGCCAGGAUCAUCAAUGGAAUCAUUUUAUCAGUGAAGACCCGCUCUGAACAACAAGUGUCCAAGCUGAAGCAAGCAAACCUGCAGCUGGCAACAAAGGUUGAACAACUGCAACACAGCUGUGUAGAGAAGGAGCAAGAAAUUGAGAGGCUUAACAAGAUACUAAAGCAGCACGGACUCGUCAGCGAGCAAAAAUAGGAGGCCAGUUUUCUGAAGUGGGGGAGUCUGCCCAGGAGAGUGCAGUGUUGAAACCUACCAGCUUGACCUGAAAGGUUUUCCUGUCUCUCUGCUUUCUCUUGUAUAGUGUUGUCUAUAAACAUUUUCUAUUUGGCCACUCUUUGAUUAGAUCUUGGGAUUGCAAACAGUUUCACUGGGGAGUGAAUCACAGGUGCUCCCUGUAAGCAGUGAUUUCAUAAGACCUCCUUGUACAGUUGAAACUGCAAAGUAAUUUAAUAAAGACACAUCUUUACAUGCUA